CCAUAUAAACAAAACACAGCUGUUUAUAUGUAUCGGCGGUAUUAAUUUUGACUAGCGCUGUUCUCUAGAAAAAAAAAACAAAAUAACACUACAAUUUCUAUUUGAAAAAAUGUCGCAACAAAUUUUUAAAACAAUUGCCGGUGUUAUAAAACAACAGAGAAGGCAAAUUUUGGUAUGUACUAAUAAUCAUGUACAAUAUUUAACAAAAUUGCAACACUCGGAAGCCGGCCAACAUGUUGCAAAGACACAACCUUUAACCGACUUACAAACAUCUAACCAACAGAAAUUUGAUAAUGAAACACAGCGUGAAGUGCAACAUCAUGGCAAUUAUGCCAAUGAUUGGUGGAAUCUUAAUGGGACAAUGAAAGCUUUACAUUCUUUAAAUGCCAUAAGAGUACCCUUCAUACGUGAUGGGCUAGUAGCUCGUGGCAAUAUCUCCCCCGAAUUGGUUAACACUUGCCAAGUAUUAAAGGAUCAGCAAAUUUUAGAAGUAGGCUGUGGCGGGGGAAUUUUAACCGAACAAUUAGCUCGUUUAGGCGCUCAGAUGACCGGCAUAGAUUUGAGUGAUGAGUUAAUACGUGUAGCACGCGAACAUCUAUCCCAUGUGGCCGAUCCAAAAUUAUGCGAUAAUAUACAGUAUAAAAUAGAACCUCUAGAUAUUCAUGUUAAAGAUAAAAUGAAUUAUUAUGAUGCUGUUGUGGUAUCGGAGGUUUUGGAACAUGUUGAAGAUAAAGUUGCUUUACUGACGUCAUGUGUGCAGAGUUUGAAGCCUGGAGGUUCUUUAUUUAUUACAACUCUAAAUAAAACCAUACCCAUGUGGUUGGGUGGUGUUCUAUUGGGUGAAUAUAUUUUAAAAAUUGCUCCCGUUGGCACACAUCAUUGGGAUAAAAUGAUUAGUCCUUUAGAUGUACAGAGGAUUUUGGAUACAAUGGGCUGUCAGACAGUCGUUGUUAAUGGCAGUACUUAUGAUUUUGUGCGUAAUACUUGGCGCUGGAUAAACACAACCGAUAUGUGUUACGCUCUGCAAGCGGUUAAAACGGAAAUAUAAGAUAAUAUUAAAGAUUUUCGAUAAAAUACUUGUUGCUUAGUUAUGUUUAUUUUUAUUAAUUUAGAGAAUAAAGUAUUAAAAUUUUAAAACAAAA